AUGAGAGCCCCGGGAAGCGAUGACGCCGUCGUGAUAGAGAAGUCGAAGAAGGCGGGCGAGGCGCAUGUCAUCACCGUUAAUUGUCCGGACAGGUCCGGUUUAGGGUGUGAUGUAUGCAGAAUCAUCCUCGAUUUCGGUCUUUAUAUAACCAAAGGAGAUGUUACAACGGAUGGAGUAUGGUGUUAUAUAGUUUUGUGGGUUGUUCCUCAUUAUGAUUCUUUAAUACUGAGAUGGUCACAUUUGAAGAACCAACUUGUCUCUGUAUGUCCCUCUUGCUCGACAUACUUCGUGUUUAAUCUCAUGUCUUCUUGUCCUGCAUCAACAACUGUUUACUUGUUCAAGUUCUUUUGCUCAGACCGGAAGGGACUCUUACACGAUGUUACUAAAGUACUAACUGAGCUUGAGCUGUCAAUUCAAACCGUAAAGGUGACUACAACGCCGGAUGGGAGAGUUCUGGACCUUUUCUUCAUAAUAGAUAACAUGGAUCUUUUACACACAAAAAAGCGUCAAGACGAGACACUUGAGCAGUUUCGUUCUGUCUUAGGAGAGUCAUGUAUAAGCUGUGAACUCCAGUUGGCUGGUCCUGAGUAUGAAUAUCAUCAGAAUAUUCCAUCUCUUUCUCCAACAGUAGCCGAGAAGUUGUUUACGUCUGACCAGCUCACCGAUGAAGACAAUCGUGUACAGGUUCUUAAUGAUGAUAUGAGAAAGCUGAAGAAUUCCACAGUCACUGUUGACAAUUCCUUAAGCCCUGCUCACACAUUACUCCAAAUACGGUGUGUUGAUCACAGAGGUCUUCUCUAUGAUACAUUACGAACCUUGAAAGACUUUGAUAUUAAGAUAUCUUAUGGCAGGUUCUCGCUUCAAACCCAAGGUCAUCGGGAUCUAGAACUAUUUAUUCAGCUGAAAGAUGGGAACAAGAUAGUGGAUCCUGAUAAACAAAAUUUAUUAUGUUCUUGUCUCAAAGUUGAAAUGCUUCAUCCUUUACGGGUCAUGAUAACAAAUCGAGGACCAGACACUGAACUUUUGGUUGCUAAUCCAGUUGAGCUAUCAGGGAAAGGCAGGCCAAGAGUGUUCUAUGACGCUACCCUUUCACUAAAACUGCUUGGAAUCUGCAUUUUCUCUGCUGAAAUAGGAAGAUACACGGCUAAUGACCGAGAAUGGGAAGUGUACAGAUUUCUUCUAGAUGAGAGUUGUUUGUUCCAGCUCGGUAGCCCAACUGCUAGGAAUGAAAUCACUAAUAAAGUGAGAAGAACGUUGAUGGGUUGGUGA